AUGGGUGUUAUCCUAGAUCUCUUCUCUGGAGGAUUCCAGAAAAGCAACUGUCUCUUCCCUCUUCUAUUAAUCUUUCUGAACAGCCCCUGUCUUGCAUCCCUAAUCCCCCGUACUGAGCCCCCACCUUCCAAUGGCGUUGCAAACCCAGGUGGUUGUAUGUGGGACUUUCAUGGGUGCAAGAAUGAGCUACCAGAUCGCAGAAUUCUCCCAUAUCGUUUUAUUUUAGACCAGAUGACCUCAGAUCUUUGCAUGUCUCAUUGUGCAGAGCGAGGGUUUGGCUGGGCGCUAGUCGAGUAUCAAAUCGAGUGCUGGUGUGGUAAUAAACCUGAUUUAACGGGUGGAGACUGGAAUGGCAUGGGGACUGGAUGUAGACUUUCUUGUCCAGGAAACCCUGAGGAUCUGUGUGGAGGAUUGUCAAAGGGUCUAUUAUGGGAGAAAAGGCUAGAUACGAGCACUUGUACCGGCACAGCUACAGGUGUGGGUACAGCUACUAUAGUUACUGGCACACCUACUGCAGCUACUGGCACACUUAGUACAGUUACUGGCACAGCCACAUCUCCUGGCACAGCUACAGCUACAUCUAUACCUAGUGGUACCGUUAUAGGCACGGAUGCCUCUACCAACACAGGGACUGGUACAGGUACUGGAAUGAUCUCAGCCACUAAUACAGACGUCUGCAUGGCCACAACAUCAACAGUGGUUGCCACUACUACAGUCACUAGCUCAAGUAUAAACACCAUUACCGACACAAGCACCAGAACACUUACCGUUUCUGUAACUCAAACAGUCACCACAGCAAAAGAAACAAUCACCGAGGGAUUAAUUACCACCACUAGGACUGAAACAUCCACCAGGAGCAUAACUGAGACCCAGCCUGGGGGUAUAAUAACAAUUACGGUUCCGGCGCUGGGCUUGGGAUUAGGAUUAGGAUUGGGUGGUACUAUAGCUACAGUUACUACGACUGUCCCUGUAGCUAUUACCACGGCUCAACAAGCUACUACAGUUCUGCCGGCUACUGUAACCAUAACUGAAACCAGCACUCAAACUGUCGGUGGUACGGUGACCGAAACGUUUACUGCGCCUGCAACCGCUACUGUGACUGUUACAACGGCCCAGGAAACAGUUACUAUUGGGUUAAGUAUUAUUACCGUUACCUCUAAUGCGCAACCUGUGACUAUUACAUCGACUAUAACUGCUGCCGCUGCCCAAGCAACUGUUACAGUGACAAUCACUGGGUAUGCCUCCCCCACCUACUGCCUUCUUUGUCGCUAA